UUUCUUGCUCAAUAGACUUUUUCCUUCUACAUCUUUCAUCUCAACCUACAUUUUCUAUCCAACCUAAGCUUCACAAACAGCAACAAUGGGUGUCCAAGAAGUCCUUAGCCGCAAGACUGGUGUCAUCGUCGGUGACGAUGUCCUCCGUCUCUUCGAGUACGCUCGCGAGCACAAGUUCGCCAUUCCCGCCAUUAACGUCACCUCUUCCUCCACCGUCGUUGCUGCCCUCGAGGCCGCCCGCGACAACAAGGCUCCUGUCAUCCUCCAGUUCUCUCAGGGUGGUGCCGCCUACUUCGCUGGCAAGGGCGUGAGCAACACCGACCAGGCCGCUUCCAUUGCUGGCUCCAUCGCCGCUGCCCACUACGUCCGCUCGCUCGCUCCCACCUACGGCAUCCCCGUCGUCCUUCACACCGACCACUGCGCCAAGAAGCUCCUCCCUUGGCUCGAUGGCAUGCUCGAUGCCGACGAGGCUUACUUCAAGGAGAAGGGCGAGCCCCUCUUCUCCUCUCACAUGAUCGAUCUCUCUGAGGAGCCUGUCGAGUGGAACAUUGAGACCACCGCCAAGUACCUCAAGCGCGCUGCCCCCAUGAAGCAGUGGCUCGAGAUGGAGAUUGGUAUCACCGGUGGUGAGGAGGAUGGUGUCAACAACGAGGAUGUUGACAACAACUCUCUCUACACCCAGCCUGAGGAUAUCCUCAACAUCUACAACACUCUCUCCCCCAUCUCCCCCUACUUCUCUAUCGCCGCUGGCUUCGGUAACGUCCACGGUGUUUACAAGCCCGGCAACGUCAAGCUCCACCCCGAGCUUCUCGGCAAGCACCAGGCUCACGUCAAGGAGGCCCUCAAGUCCGACAACGACAAGCCCGUCUUCUUCGUCUUCCACGGUGGCUCCGGCUCCUCCAAGAAGGAGUACCUCGACGCCAUUGGCUUCGGUGUUGUCAAGGUUAACGUCGACACUGACAUGCAGUUCGCUUACUGCUCCGGUAUCCGAGACUACAUGAUCAACAAGCGCGAGUACGUCAACACCACCGUCGGCAACCCCGAUGGCGAGGACAAGCCCAACAAGAAGUACUUCGACCCCCGUGUCUGGGUCCGUGAGGGUGAGAAGACCAUGUCCAAGCGUGUUGCCGAGGCUCUCCAGGACUUCAACACUGCCAACCAGCUAUAAAUGUCGAUAAAAGACAAUAACUGGUUCUAAUGAUAUCCCAACUGCGACAC